AUGAGUGUAUUUCCUGUCUUUGGAAGCUGGAUCAAUCAGAAUAUGCAACAGCCUCUUAAGGCCGAGUCCAAGAGAUCUGAGAAUGUUAAUUCUAAGGACAGAGAUGAAAUGGAGAAACAAGGAAAACUUUGGAGAGAUGCAGAGAAGAAACAUCCAUGGUAUGAUGCCCCUGCUAAGGUGACAACAGAAGAAGGUGUUUGCCAUAUGAACAUAGAAUUGACAAUGGGAUUGCCUCCUGAAGCAACUUACGAGCUUUUCACUAAUCCAAACAAUUUACCUCUCUUUAGUGACAAGUCAUGGCGCCAACUUCUGAAAAACAAUUCAAGAAAGGUUCUGGAGGAGGAACCAAGGCACAUCGCGAGGUUGGAGAAAGAAGUGGCCUGGGACUUCCUUGGCUUUUAUGGAGCUCUCCCCAUAACUCUAAUUGUCGAUGAAAACAAAAAAGAUCUCACGGCAAGCUAUAGGAUUGGGAAAAUGAGGUUCAUGAAAGUGUUCGAGGGUGUCUAUAAAGUGGAGCCAAUUUAUGUAGAUCAGGAACGCUUAUGCAAGAACAUAGAGCCAAAGAGUCGAGAAGAAUACGAAAGAUGUAGCGGUGGACAAGGAAAGAUUGCAUCGAAAGUGACAAUGGAGCAGCACUUUCAGCCAUAUUUUCCUUUUAAUCUGCCACCGGUUUCUUGGUAUAUUCGUGGUACCAUCAUCCAGACCACCAAGACUCUGCUCAAAAUGCUUCAAGAUAUGGGUGCCAAGAUGCGAGCGAGUGUAAAAAGACCUCAUUAG